AGCGGAUGGUUUCCCAUGAAACCCAAACCGACGUCCCACCCGUCAACGAGUGAUUUGCUUAGAUUCACAGUCAUACCGAAAGCCACCAACGAAAACGCAAAGCAAUCCCACCGAUCGAAUGGCCGAACAAGGAGAAGCAGUGCCACCACCACCACCGACACCAGAUGCCCAGCUCUUUGGCCUCCUCUCCAGUCUCCUCCAGCAGGUUGCAGGAUUUCGAUGAGGAGGAAAAAGGAACAUGUAACUUGGACAAUAUUUGUGGAAGCAUUGACCAAUCAAGAAGAAGUUGAAUUGCGAGCCAAGAUUGAAGCCCUUGGGCUAGAAGUUACAAAAGUUCCUUCAAACCCUACACAGAAUCUUGAUGAGCUGGAGAUAGCAAAUGAGUUGGAUAAGUUAUCAGCAAAGCUGGAUGAUGUGGAUGAGAUGAUUUCCUCGGCCAUGGCUGCAGAUCCACAAGUGAAGUCCCUCUUGAGUAGCACCGCCGAUGUUUGGCUGCCAGUUAUCACUGCGACAUCUGAUGAAAGGCGUACUUUUACAGCAUCUAAUGGAGAUGAUAAUGCAGAAGCAAAAGGCAACAUUUCUGAUUAGUUUGUUGCACUCUUUAGUUUGGUUUUCAAUUGUUUUCUCUACUAAGUGUACUGAAUUAUAUUACACUUAUUGGGAUAGAAGUGUAGCAGUCGUUUACAGAUAGGAAGGAAAGAUAGCCGAAUAGAGUAAUAAGCCUCUAUAUAUGGCAGCAUUUGUUGUGCUUUGGCAGUGUUGCAAGGAUCAUCCUCGAUCUUUCUUCAUAUUCCGAUAUUACUCCUACAUUACUACUUGGUGCCGUGAGGUACCAUGGAAAGGAAAUUGAUACCCAUGAUAAUGAAUUUAUUUUGGGUGCA